GAGGGCCAGUACGCGGAGCCCUGCCCUCCGCUGUCUUUCGAUGCUAGCCGUGUGCCCACGAGGAUCCAGCUGGCAAUGCAGUCUCACACCAGGCGGACGUCGCAGACCUCGCGCGAGGCAAAGAGGUCGACCGUGAUGUCCGGGGCGCGCAAUUCAGCAGGAGUAUAUUUUCAAGCAGGACACGAAGUAGCAUUACAAUGGGGCCACCUUUGA